ACAUCGCCCAUAAUUCAGUGAAGCCAACAACGAGGCCAACGACCCCGCCAAGUUUCACGUUCUUGUCAGGGCCCGCUGAAUCCCCUAUUUAGGCUUGCCCUGGGUCAUUUAUGAUUCCACCACGGUGGCUGGCGCAAGGGGUUCUGGCGUACUUCGAACGAGUAGCCUGGUCUUGUAUACGCAAUAGGGAAGCUUGCUUACCAAAAAUGUAAGAGCUUUUCGGAACUGCCGUAUAACAAGCGUUUUCAGAUCUCAUGUGCCAAGGAGGGCAAUCAUGAUGCACGCAAGGCCACCCAAGCAAUCGCAAGCACGCGCCUUUCUCAUCAGCCCGUCCCCCGUCACGAUCUAUUGUUUAUUUUGUCUCACGACUCUGCAUACAGCACGUCCCAGCAGAUCUCCGUCAACUCGGUCUCUGGGUAUUGGGGACGAACGCGGCAGACACGAUCUCCACUCCACUCCCGGAUAAAAGGACUACCCAGGAGAAGAAGCAUCUCCGCCUUACCCCUGCAGUUUUCACGUGGCGAGAAUUUGGGCGUCGCCCCCCACGUGAAACCUACCGCCCUGGGAAACGGCCUCAUUCGAUGACAGCGAAUAUCCAGUGGCGAACUCAAUACCAAGUGGACUGAGGUUUGUUGCCCUGAGCGGGUUUUGGUGAGUUAAAGCACACGGCCCGAGUCAUGGAAAUAUUGGUUGGUUCAACUCUGGCAUCCCGUUAGCUUGUCCCGCCCGCUUUUAGUUGGGCGCUUUCUCGUGCACUAUUUUUCUCCUUUCCGGCACGCCCCGUGUUGUCAGAAUGUCAAGUGUCAGUGAAAUAGGGGUAAGUCGUAUUUUCUACCAAAGAGUUAUUUCUGAAGUCGAUUGCCCUUCACUUUUACUUGGUGAUGGUUGCUCCUAUUUUAUAAAGUUGGUGGGAUAUUUCGCACCUUCCGUUCCUGAUGCUCGCAUGCCGAUCAAUGCCUGGAAUUGCCUACCCCUCGUUAGCAACCAGUGUUAAUGGUUGUGCGACGGCCGCUAUUUAUGAGCUUGGAAGAGAAUCCUUCAACCUCGCGCUCUGCCUCUUAGUUAAUGAACGUGCGAGAGAGGUUCCCCUGAUUAGCUACAAGUAAUAACUAUUUUCUUUUGCUGUCAAUUUACCUUGUUUUAAAUCGCCGAAAGCGCUGUUACUUAAGCACCGAAAACAAGCUUUUGUUUAAAUACCCAAAGGAAGUUAUUAUUUGAGGUCACGAAACUGAUUGCUUCUUUCUCUUUCCUUGUUACUUUGAAAAUUAGUCUCUCAUUCCAUCCUACCCCGAUUUCAAUAUGAAGUCCUCCAUAUUUACCCUCCUGGCAACAGCCCUCCUCGUCACAGCAGACACCGCCUCAGACACCCUCCUCGCCGCCCGCCACGUCAUCCACUCCUACCCCGGCCUCACCCCUCCCGCCUCCCUCCUCACUCUCACGCGCCAAGGCAAAGUCGGCGGCAUCAUCCUCUUCGGCGAGAACGUCGACGCCAACCUCCCCACCGUCGUUGCUAGCUUCCAAACCGCCUUCGCCCAGAGCCCUGCCUACGACGGCCACCCCCUCCUCAUCGUCACGGACCAGGAGGGCGGUCAAGUCCGCCGUCUCCCCGGCGGCCCCGUAUCAUCCGCGAAGCAGAUCGGGGCGUCAGCUAACCCAGCUGCCGCCGCUACGCAGGCAGGGAAGGACGCAGCGAGCGCGCUGAAGGCGAGCGGUGCGAACGGCAAUCUGGCACCGGUGCUGGAUGUUUUCCGUGUGGCAGGGGAUUUCACCGAUGCGUAUGGGCGGUCAUUCGGAAAUACGCCUGCGCUGGUUAACACGUGCGGUUCGGCGUUUAUUGCCUCUCAGCAAGCUGCUGGCGUGCUUGCUGCGGCGAAGCAUUUCCCUGGCCUGGGCUCGGCGGCGAAGGACGCGAAUACGGAUGUUAAGCCAGUUACGAUCACGCUGACGCUGGAUGAGCUACGCAAUGUGGAUGAAGCGCCGUAUAAGGGUGCAAUUGCGGCGGGUGUCGACAUGGUGAUGACGUCUUGGGCACUUUACCCGGCCCUUGAUGCGAAGCUGCCGGCGGGGUUGAGUAUCCCGUGGGUGCAGGGGGAGCUGAGACAGAGGCUUGGGUUUAAGGGGGUGACGAUCACGGAUGCGAUUGAGGCUGGGAGCUUGAAGGCGUUUGGAAAUGAUGCGGAGCGUGGGGUUCUGGCGGCUGUGGCGGGGAUGGAUAUUAUUCUUGCAUCUGGGAGGAAUGCGACGCAGGGUGAGGCGAUUGUGAAUGCGCUUGUUGUAGCGUUGGCGAAUGGGAAGCUAUCUCCUUAUGAUUUUAGCAAGGGGACUGAGAGGAUCCUUGCGAUGAGGAAGAAGCUGUAGUCUGAGUAGUUUUGGUAUUUAAGGAAGAGGCGAGACCCAUCUGCGUUUGAUUUAUCACCACAUACACUAUCUAUACUUUUAUUUGUAUUACGGAUGCUCGCCCCGAGCUUUGAAAGAUCAGAUUCAACCUCG